AGGAAGGAGCCCGAGUCCACGAUUCCGAACGGAAUCGGUCUAGUCUUUUUUCGGAAACCACCAUGGGUGCCGCCGGUGGUGGCCUAGUCGCAGCAGCAGGGCUCUAUCCUGCUAUCUAUCAAUCCCCACAGAGCUCCAGUGUCCGCCAUAGCCAAGCCAAGAAGCUAUGGCCAUGGCUAUGGCCGUGCUUCACGCGGCGUGGCCUCGAUGCCAUCAUUCUCCUUCCCUCGUCCCCUCCCGUCUGCAGCUUGACCCGACUUUCCUUUUUUGCCUUUAUACCUCGCCUACGCUAACAAGCAUAUAUGUGUGCAGAAUGCCUCUGUCGUUGCGUGUGAAUUCGAAGGAUCCAAGGUGUGUAGGACUUGAGGUGGAGAAGAGGCGAUGGCAGCAGGAGGCGUGCUCGCGAGCGGGAUUGUCAGCGUGAGAAGUGUUUUCGGAAGCUUUGAAGACUCCGCGCAUAUGUUGAAGGCGGUUGAGUUGGCAGAGAGCAGCAAUGGCCUGACGGCACCUCAUCCGAAAUUCGGGUGUGUGAUUGCGCGGGGCAGGAGGAUUGUGGGAGGAGGGGGUUUGUAUGGUCAGGGGGCGAGAUCGGCUGAAGUGCAGGCGGUGGAGGAGGCUAGAGAGCAGGCCCGAGGUGCGACCGCGUUUCUGAGUUUGGAGCCGGGGGAUUGCGGGGGCGACGAUGCAGCGAUUGCCGCGCUCGUGCAAGGGGGUUUAGGGAGAGUGGUGGUUGGGAUGCGGCAUCCGCUGGCUCACUUCCGAGGUAAGGCGAUUGCCGCGCUGCGGCGGGCGGGGGUGAGGGUUGAGGUGGGAGGAGAGGAUUUUGGAGGUGGAGGGGCAAUUGAGGCUGCACUAAAGGCGUGCCAGUCUGCGAAUGCUCCGCUGUUGUACAGAGUGAGUCAUAAUUUGCCUAUGUCGACGUUGAAGUAUGCGAUGACUUUGGACGGGAAAAUUGCGGCUAGUAGCGGCCACUCUGCGUGGGUGUCGAGUGCAGUUUCCCGGCAUCGGGUAAUGAAAACAAGAGCGCAAAGUGAUGCUGUUAUUGUUGGAGGGAAUACUGUUCGCAUUGAUAACCCAAAUUUAACAACAAGGCUAGAAGGGGGCCACCAGCCUGACCGCAUUGUUAUGUCGCGCGCUUUGGAUUUGCCCAGAGAUGCCAAUUUGUGGGAUGUGUCGAAGGCUAAUACGAUAGUUAUGACACAGAAAGGAUCGAAUCUGGAGUUUCAGAAGCUCUUGACAUCUAGAGGGGUGGAAGUGGUAGAAUUUGAUUUCCUCAGUCCUCGAGCUGUCAUGGAGCAUUGUUACAUGCGAGGUUAUCUUUCCGUUUUGUGGGAGUGCGGGGGCAUGCUUUCGGCCCCUGCUAUCCAAGAUGGUGUAGUUCACAAGGUUUUAGCAUUUAUCGCUCCGAAGAUUGUCGGAGGGCUCCGGGCUGCGACUCCUGUUGGAGAGCUUGGAAUGGUGCAGAUGACGCAGGCUUUGAAGUUGUCCGAUGUUGCCUUCGAACAGACUGGACCUGACAUGCUGGUCACUGGGUACUUGCAUCCGAUUCCAGAUAUUUCUCAUGGUGAUGAUAAGUUAGCAUCCAUCUCUAGGGAAAACGUCGCAGUGAUCCCGAACAAGCCAUCAAUUAUUCGCUUCAACAAACCAUGGGAUCGCUAUGGUGCUCUGUCGACCCUUUCCUACCACCCCAUCACUUUACCAGAUUCUAUUGGUAACCCUGUGGUAUGGAGUAGCGUGGAACAUUAUUAUCAAGCUUCGAAGUUUGCAGGGGUGAACGAUCAGCUGGCAAUUCAAUACAUAGCUGAAAUACAGGGUGCUGAAAGUCCUGAAGAAGCUGCAAGGCUUGGAGAAACUUUGUCAAGCCAGAGACCGGAUUUAGUACGAAAGGAUUGGGAUGUUGUAAAAUUUCAAGUCAUGCGCACUGCUUUACAAGCUAAGUUUCUGGCUUACCCUGCACUCAAAUCAUUCCUUCUAUCCACUGAGGGUUCAGUUUUGGUAGAAUCUUCACAGAAUGAUUCCUUGUGGGGUGCUUCAAUAAAUGGUGUUGGACUUAAUCAUCUUGGCCGCUUGCUAAUGGAUUUAAGGGGAGAGAUUUUAAGAGGACCCCCAACAGGCAAUCUAGUGAAUGGGCACACUAAGACGUCAGUGAAUGACCACAGAUAUUUUUUGGAUCGUUGUCGUCAACAAGUCACUAGCCAAUAGGAACCAUUUCUUUUUGGAAGGCAAUGAGUACAAUGAAUCUCUUGGAGUCAAAUAGUUUGACGGCCCACUUUUGUUGUACAGACUCUUCCAUAAUCCAGGGAGUUGGGCACAGGUUGAAGUGAGUACUGUAGCAUAACUAACUUCAUUUCUCUCAGGAGGUCAACAUAGCACAGUUUAGCACGAAUUAUCUUUCAUUAUAGGUUCAGUCUCGGAGGUAUAUUGCAACGUUAGACACAACUGAAAAUCUCCUCUCUAGGCGAUGUUGGUGUCUAGAGAUAUGGGUUGAGUUUUAGGCCCAAUAUAGAUAUUUUUUGUAUAUCGCAUGCCUGCAAGUCAUCAAUUAUCAGUUUGCUGGCACCAUCUCCUGGGUCAUACGGACUUCUGUGGGAUGCUGAAAUCUACAUAUGUGAUCUGAAUUCAAAUUGUACGUUUUCUUUUA